AUGGGCGUCGGGGCGCCGCUCACGACGGCGCUGCUCUGCGUCCUCGCGCUUCUCGUGGGCGCGCUGGGCGUUUCCUCGGGCGUGAGCGCUGACACUCCCGUCCAGGACAUCCUGCGCGCCGGCCUGAAAGCGCGCGACGCCCGCCUGCUCUCGGAGACGGAGCCCCAGGGCGAGCUCGGCUUCCUGACGCCGGGUCAGACCGUGGAGGCGCCGUUCAGGCGGAAGGAAGCCGGUUUCUUGCCGCGCGCCAUCCCGGACGCGGGCGCUCUUGAGACCUCCAUCUCCAUCUCGGGGAGCGACUCUCUGGUGGCGACCGGCUGUAUCAUCGACAGAAUCGGCGUCGAAAUCAACAUCACCCACCCGAGGGUCCAGGAUCUGGACAUCUUUCUGCAGGGACCUGCGAAGACCGAGGUCGAGCUCGCCACCGACGUCCGCGGCGGGUCGGCGAACGCGACCCUGCGGCUGUUCGACGCUGGCGAUGUCGACAGCACCGGCAGGCGCCCCGUGCUCGUGCGCGUCGACGAAGCGUCCGGUCCGCUCGUGGGGGACUUCGCUCCCGAGGAGGGCCUGACGCCCAUGUUCCGCGGCAAGUCGCCGGCGGGCACGUGGACGCUCAAGGUGUCGGAUGACACGCCGUCGCCCUCCGGCGCCACGCAGGAGCUGCUGGGCUUCGCGCUGCUGUUCCAGUGCCGCGGCGAGGAGCGCGUCAAGUUCGAGAAGGAGCCGCGCGAUUUGAACGGCGACCCGGUCGCUCUUGACGCGCUGAUCGUCAUCGACAGCCUGGAGGUGGCGGCCGAGGACAGCUGCACUGUCGACGCCGUUGACCUUGACUUCUCGCUGCGGCUCAACUACACGAGCGCGGGGGCGAAGGUGUUGCCUUACAUCGUCAAGAUCCCCCCGGGCGUUCCGCUGCUGAACGCGACCGCGUUUUUGGACGGCGUCGGCGACGGGACGCUGCCUGGCAUCAACAUCAACUUUGCAGGGCCGACUUCGCCGGGAGUGCAGACCGUGAACGUCGCCGCGAGCGGUAUCUCGACGUUCGACGGUGCACCCUCUGAGGGCAACUGGUUCUUCGUACUGGUCAAUUUCGACGUUGCGGCUGAGGACGCGCUGCUGUCCUGGUCGGUGUCGGUGUCCUGCCGGCCGACGCGGGUCUUCCCGCCGACGUGCCCCGCGGGGUACAACGACGCCGUGCCUGCGUCGCUGCAGCGGGAGCGGCGGCUGCUCGCCUCUGAGGCCAGGAGGAUGAUGGCGGGCAACUCCACCAGCAACGCGACGGUCGUCCCUGACGCCACCGUCGCGCCCACGGUGCCGCUCAACAUCUCGGGCGCGUUCCAGUACGCGCUGGACCUGUCGACCACCGCGGGCCUCACGGCGCUCGAGUGGUCCUCGCGGUUCUCGAGUGUAUACCGUGUGGCGAUCAACACAACUGUCGACACAGACGCCGAGGUCGUCCGCUUUAACGGACCCAGCACCAGCGAUGCCGGCGCGCUCGUCUUCAUGCCCUUCACCGCGGAGGAGCUCGGCGCGGCCGUCAACGUCUGGGCCGAUGUGCGUGUGGGCGAUGCCAUCGCUGCCACGUCUGGCGAGUUCUGGCUUACCAUCAGCGGAGCCGACGAGGACACGACCAGGAGUGCGCAGGGAUACGAUGUGUACGAGUCGCGCAACGAGAUGGGUCGCAACAUUCGGGCUGGCGUCGCCCACGACCGCGCGAAGGACCAGUACUACCUCUACGUCCGCGUCGGAAACUACGUGGCGCUCAGCCAGAAGAUGUCUGCGUUCGAUGACGGCAUGUGGCGCACGCUCCAUCUGCAGCUGGAUCGCGACACCGGCGUCGGACUGAUCCAGUUCGGCGAGGUUUCGUACGACUUCGUGGUCCCGAAGAACCUGCUCUGGGUCCCGGACCUGCGGCACAACGGCACCGUGCUGGCCGCCGCCCGGAGCCUGUCCAACUCAGACGUGCCAGCGGCCACUUACGAGCUGCGCAACAUCUUCUUCUGCGGCAACCCGCUCGGCGCCCCCCGCACGGCGCCCGAGAACCCCACUCCUGGGGUUGACGUCGGGCUCGCUGUUGCCUGGCGCCAGAGCGGCCUGGGCUCGGGUGUGUCGAUCCCGGCGCGCGGUGCUCGCGAGAUCUCCAUGUCAGUCUCGUCUUCGGACGAAGUGGCGCGUAGAUGCGUCCUCGAGCAGCUUCUGGUGGCCGUGGAGGUGGAGCACCCCCGCGUUGGCGACCUCGACAUCGCCGUGCGGGCGCCAGACGGCACGCAGGCGCUCCUGUGGGCGGGCGACGCUCAACAGACCGGCAGCGACCUCCGCGCGGUGUUCUGGGACGGCUCCUCGGUCCCCCCAGGCAGCGUGGACGGUCCAUACAUAAGCGGGGCGAUCGACCUCGAGGCGGGCCGCGACGGGCAGAGCGUGCGUCCGGCGCAUGCGCUUGGAGUCAUGCGCCGGCACGAGAUUGAAGGCACCUGGACGCUCAAGGUCUCCGACCGCACUCCGAGCGCUGCUGGCAGCGCGACAGCACCCCCCGACGACACGCGCAGCAUCAAGAGCUGGGCGCUGGGCUUCGUGUGCGGCGACCCCGUGCGGAACUUCACGCGGGAGCCGGAGCUGCCCCUCGGGGACCGGCAGUGGACGGUGGACACCCUGACCAUCGCCCCGGAGGACUCGUGCAUCGUCGAGGACGUCGACAUCACGCUCAACAUCUCACACCCGCACGCUCAGGACCUCGGAGUGUACCUGACCCGGCAGUUCAAGUCCAUCGAGAUGUACCAGCAGCUUGGCGUUGGGGGGCUCGACGGCGCAGUCAUCACCUACGGUGACAACGUCUACGGGGAGGACGGAUCGAUCCCGCUGACGCCCAGCAUCUGGCGGCGCAACAUGCUUUACGUGCCGUCGUACGCGAGGUUCACGUCGACCGAUUACACUACUUUCAGGGCCAGCGCUUUCGAGAGCGGCUCGAGCGAGGGGACGUGGACGCUGCGCAUCAAGGACGACUUCAGCGGCGACAACAACGGGACCGUGCUGCACAACUGGAGCCUGAGGGUCAUGUGCCGCAGCGAGAUUCCGCGCAUCGAGGAGCUGGAGUGCGAAGGCGGGCCGCGGCGCCAGGUGAACGCAACUGAUCUGUCUCGGGGCGAGAAGUUCUACUGGCUGAACGGCGGCUCAACGACAUCACUCGCAGCGCGCGAGCUGGUGGUCGACACGGCGUCUGGCGUGACCACUCUCGCGUCUGGAGCCGAUGAGGACCUGGCGGGCUUCCUGUUCCUUCCCAAGGACGUCGCAAACACGUCCGCCCUCGGCAGCAUGAUCGACAUCUCGGCGGAGCUCUCGCUGUACGGCGACGUGUCUCGGCAAGACGGCGCAGUGUGGAUCGAAGUCGGUCAGGAGGAUCCCUCAAUCGAGCGGCCCCCUUCCUACAUCGGAUUCAGCCCGCACAGGAGUGACCGUAUGAGCAUUCGCGCCGGCCUGGAGUGGGGCGAGUUCCGCAAUGCACCGACCGUCUUCGUGCAGGCCGGGUCGCACCGCUUCACGGCGCAGCUGUCGGACAGUGUCUACUACAACAGCGACUGGAGAACGUUCAGGCUGGUGCUCAACAUGACGUCUCUGACGGGGCGCGUGAGGUUCGGGUCCGAGUCCGUGUCGUUCUACCUGCCGGCGUCCGUCGUCCUCGAGAUCGGCGAGGGUUCCCGGGUGUUCCUCGGAACGUGGACUGACCCUACGCGGUCCUGGUCGGUUGUGCAGCAGCGCGUGCGAAACGUCAGCUUCUGCCCCUCGGCACGUUCCGCCGCAUACGACGCUGUGCAGUCGCCGGCGGUGCCGCGCCCGAGCGUGUCGUACACGUUCGGCACGUUUGACAGGAACAAUGCCAUCCCUGAUCACGGCGCGACGGAGGCGCGCACCUCAGUGUCGUCUUCGUACGGAUCGGGUAGCUCUUUCUACGCUUGUCCGAUACUCAGCGUGAAGGUCACCGCCACCAUCGUGCACCCGCGGCCCGAGGAUCUCCAGUUGCGCCUCAAGUCCCCCGCUGGGAAGGAAGUCCUGCUCUCCGGCGCAGGGGCGAACGGCACGGUGGUGUUCAGCGACGGCGCGGCGCAGACCAUCUCCGAGAUGGGCGCCCUCACCCCCGGUAUGUCGACAGAAGCCCGGCCCGACGAGCCCUUGUCAGCUUUCACUGGCUUCUACCCAGACGGCACCUGGACCCUGAAGGCAUCGGACGGGGUGCCAGGCGGCGUCGGUGAGCAGGUUUUGCGAGACUGGGAGCUCGAGCUGGAGUGUCACGAGGUGUUCGCCUUCACAACGGGCCGAGAAAUGGCGAUCCCUGACGGCUCGUAUGCGACAGACACCGUGACCAUUGCCGAGGAGGACGGCUGCGAGAUCUUCCAGAUCCGCGUCCGCCUGGACCUGACGCACCCGCACACCGACGACCUGCGCGUCUUCCUGCGCAGCCCCCAGGGGCGACUUCAGACUUUGUACAACGAGCCGGGCGUCAGUGGCUCCCCAUACAACUUCUCCUCGAACGCGUACACCUCAACGUCCUUCCGGUCGACGUCCAGUGCUGGCAACUGGACGUUGCUGGUUCAGGAUGACUUCAAGGCAGACGUUGGCACCCUGGCGUCAUGGUCGCUGGAGACCAUUUGCUAUGGCGAGCCCCUGGCAGUGUUGGAGCAGGUGUGCGAGGGCGAGGGCGCGCUGGCGGUUGAGGCGGCGGCCGUGGGCAGCGCGCUGGUGCUGGACGGGUCCAGUCGUGUGGCCCGCACCAACACGAGCACGUACAACGCGACCGAGGGCGGCGUCAUCACGCUGCGGCCGGAGGGCCCGUUGACGAGCCGGCGGCUGGCGAUGGCGUACCUGGAGGGCGUGAACGCGUCGGCGGUGCUGGCGAGCGGGACGCUGGACGUGACGUUUGACGUGCAGUGGGACUUCACGGGGGCGUCGUGGGAGGGGUACGUGUUUGUGGACGUGGGCGUGGAGAGCGCCGCGGAGGUGGAGGGCGACUCGUACACGGCGCUGGACAGCCCGAACGACUCGGUGGGCGGGGCGGCGCGCGUGAUGCUGCGCAACUCGUACGGGAGGUGGUACGCGCUGCUGCGCACGCCCGACAGGAGCGUGGAGAUGGAGGUGGAGCAGGAGGUGGUGUCGGGGGAGACGUACAGGGUGCGGGUGCGGUACGACCUGACCACGCUGGAGACGCGCGUUGAGGUGGGCAGCGAGGAGCGGUACUACGGCAUGGUCUCCAGCAACGUCCUUGACGCGCCGGUGCACGAGGGGGUGCGCGUGGGCGUGUUUGCGGGUGCCAGCGCGUCGGAGGUGCAGGAGGUGCGCGUGGGCAGCAUGAGCUUCUGCGGGGGCAAGCACGCGGCGGUGGCAGGCGAGGGCCCAGUGCGCGGACGGGACCUGCCACGGCAGUGGCGGAGGGUCGAGGCCGACGGGCAGACGACGGUGCUGAUCGGCGUGGCCGGGAGCGUGGACGCGAGCACGGCGAGCGACGUGCUGGUCGUGGGGUCGGACGGGCAGACGCUGGUGGCGACGAACACGUCUGCGUACAACGCGACGACGGGCGCGGUGACGGUGGUGCCGCAGGGCAGCGGGUCGGUGGCGCUGGCUGUCGCAGCGGCGGAGGGCGUGGCGCCGUCGCGGUUGACUGGGCAGGGCGGCAAGCUGGACGUGUCGUUCGACGUGAUGAUGGAGUUCAACGAGACGAUGACCUCUGGCGGGGACUACGUGUUUGUGGACGUGGGCGCGGAGGGGCUGGAGGGCCUGGCGGGCGAGGACCGCGGUCAAGUGCUGUCGCAGCUGCGGGGGUCAUCAGUGCGCAUCGCGUUUGACAGGCAGUACUCGUCGAUCUGGGAGGGCUGGUUGGACAGCGACCUGACGGGCGUGAGGGUUGGGGCGUUCGACCAGCCCGGUGGGUCCUCGCCCCUGACGCUGCGCGCGGCGCACGUGAGCAACAUCAAGUUCGCGGAGUACGGCAUCGCGGAGGUGCCGGACCACGGGGCGGCGGAGGUGGAGACGCGCGUGUCGCGGUCGGCGCUGUCGAGCUUCGCGGGCUGCACGGUGCAGGACAUGCAGGUGCGUGUGGAGGUCGCGCACGAGUCGGCAUGGGACCUGGAGCUGCGGGUGAAGUCGCCGAGCCAGCGCGAGGUGCUGCUGUGGGGCGGCGACGGUGUGGCGCGGGCGGCGGGCGCGGGCGCGGGCGCGGGGCGGGCGGGCGUGGCGGCGGUGUUUUGGGACAACGCGACGGUGGCGGCCGGGAGCGACGCGGCGCUGCCGCUGACGGGCGUGGUGCGGCCGCAGGGGCGGCUGCGGGACUUUUUCGGCGAGGACCCGGAGGGCACGUGGGUGGUGAAGGUGUCGGACGGGCGGGCGAGCGACGCGGCGGAGCUGGCGGAGCGCGCGCAGGGGGUGCGGGCGGUGGAGCUGUUGUUUGCGUGCGACGGGCCGCGGCGCGGGUACGUGGCUGACGUGGGCGAGGCGGUGCCGGACGGGGGCGUGCUGGUGUCGACGCUGGAGGUGGCGGCGGAGGACAGCUGUCCGCUGCGGUACGUGGACGUAAGCGUGGACAUACCGCACCGGCACGUGAAGGACGUGUACGUGUACCUGACGGCGCCGAACAGGGAGGCGCGGCGGCUGUACUUCGGUGACAUCCAGGGGCGCGACGGCGAGGCGAACGUGACGGGGGCGCUGCUGCCACAAACGACGGCGUACCGGCUGGACGAGAGCGCGGGCGCGUGGGAGCUGCGUGUGUACGACGACUUUGGGUCGGACCUGGGGUCGCUGGCGUCGUGGAACAUGACGCUGACGUGCGAGCCGGAGGUGCUUGGUGUGGUGGAACAGGUGUGCGAGGGCGAGGGCGCGCUGGCGGUUGAGGCGGCGGCCGUGGGCAGCGCGCUGGUGCUGGACGGGUCCAGUCGUGUGGCCCGCACCAACACGAGCACGUACAACGCGACCGAGGGCGGCGUCAUCACGCUGCGGCCGGAGGGCCCGUUGACGAGCCGGCGGCUGGCGAUGGCGUACCUGGAGGGCGUGAACGCGUCGGCGGUGCUGGCGAGCGGGACGCUGGACGUGACGUUUGACGUGCAGUGGGACUUCACGGGGGCGUCGUGGGAGGGGUACGUGUUUGUGGACGUGGGCGUGGAGAGCGCGGCGGAGGUGGAGGGCGACUCGAGCGUGGAGAUGGAGGUGGAGCAGGAGGUGGUGUCGGGGGAGACGUACAGGGUGCGGGUGCGGUACGACCUGACCACGCUGGAGACGCGCGUUGAGGUGGGCAGCGAGGAGCGGUACUACGGCAUGGUCUCCAGCAACGUCCUUGACGCGCCGGUGCACGAGGGGGUGCGCGUGGGCGUGUUUGCGGGUGCCAGCGUCGGAGGUGCAGGAGCGAGCGACAUGGUGGUCGUGGGGUCGGACGGGCGAACGCUGGUGGCGACGAACACGUCUGCGUACAACGCGACGACGGGCGCGGUGACGGUGGUGCCGCAGGGCAGCGGGUCGGUGGCGCUGGCUGUCGCAGCGGCGGAGGGCGUGGCGCCGUCGCGGUUGACUGGGCAGGGCGGCAAGCUGGACGUGUCGUUCGACGUGAUGAUGGAGUUCAACGAGACGAUGACCUCUGGCGGGGACUACGUGUUUGUGGACGUGGGCGCGGAGGGGCUGGAGGGCCUGGCGGGCGAGGACCGCGGUCAAGUGCUGUCGCAGCUGCGGGGGUCAUCAGUGCGCAUCGCGUUUGACAGGCAGUACUCGUCGAUCUGGGAGGUCAGAGUGGAGAUUUCGGGUGUUGCUGUUGCUGCUCUGCGCGAAAGCUCGGCGACGCUGCAGUCCGGCACAACAUACCGCGUGCGCCUCACGGCGGACCCGACAGACGGGAGGCUCGAGCUCUUCCUGGACGGCAGCUUGGUUGAGACGGGCGAUGCCGACUUGGUUGCCGUGUCUGUCCGGCUUCUCGGUCUGCCGGGCUCGGUGGAGGGCUGGUUGGACAGCGACCUGACGGGCGUGAGGGUUGGGGCGUUCGACCAGCCCGGUGGGUCCUCGCCCCUGACGCUGCGCGCGGCGCACGUGAGCAACAUCAAGUUCGCGGAGUACGGCAUCGCGGAGGUGCCGGACCACGGGGCGGCGGAGGUGGAGACGCGCGUGUCGCGGUCGGCGCUGUCGAGCUUCGCGGGCUGCACGGUGCAGGACAUGCAGGUGCGUGUGGAGGGCGCGCACGAGUCGGCAUGGGACCUGGAGCUGCGGGUGAAGUCGCCGAGCCAGCGCGAGGUGCUGCUGUGGGGCGGCGACGGUGUGGCGCGGGCGGCGGGCGCGGGCGCGGGGCGGGCGGGUGUGGCGGCGGUGUUUUGGGACAACGCGACGGUGGCGGCCGGGAGCGACGCGGCGCUGCCGCUGACGGGCGUGGUGCGGCCGCAGGGGCGGCUGCGGGACUUUUUCGGCGAGGACCCGGAGGGCACGUGGGUGGUGAAGGUGUCGGACGGGCGGGCGAGCGACGCGGCGGAGCUGGCGGAGCGCGCGCAGGGGGUGCGGGCGGUGGAGCUGUCGUUUGCGUGCGACGGGCCGCGGCGCGGGUACGUGGCUGACGUGGGCGAGGCGGUGCCGGACGGGGGCGUGCUGGUGUCGACGCUGGAGGUGGCGGCGGAGGACAGCUGUCCGCUGCGGUACGUGGACGUAAGCGUGGACAUUCCGCACCGGCACGUGAAGGACGUGUACGUGUACCUGACGGCGCCGAACAGGGAGGCGCGGCGGCUGUACUUCGGUGACAUCCAGGGGCGCGACGGCGAGGCGAACGUGACGGGGGCGCUGCUGCCACAAACGACGGCGUACCGGCUGGACGAGAGCGCGGGCGCGUGGGAGCUGCGUGUGUACGACGACUUUGGGUCGGACCUGGGGUCGCUGGCGUCGUGGAACAUGACGCUGACGUGCGAGCCGGAGGUGCUUGGUGUGGUGGAACAGGUGUGCGAGGGCGAGGGCGCGCUGGCGGUUGAGGCGGCGGCCGUGGGCAGCGCGCUGGUGCUGGACGGGUCCAGUCGUGUGGCCCGCACCAACACGAGCACGUACAACGCGACCGAGGGCGGCGUCAUCACGCUGCGGCCGGAGGGCCCGUUGACGAGCCGGCGGCUGGCGAUGGCGUACCUGGAGGGCGUGAACGCGUCGGCGGUGCUGGCGAGCGGGACGCUGGACGUGACGUUUGACGUGCAGUGGGACUUCACGGGGGCGUCGUGGGAGGGGUACGUGUUUGUGGACGUGGGCGUGGAGAGCGCGGCGGAGGUGGAGGGCGACUCGUACACGACGCUUGACAGCCCGAACGACUCGGUGGGCGGGGCGGCGCGCGUGAUGCUGCGCAACUCGUACGGGAGGUGGUACGCGCUGCUGCGCACGCCCGACAGGAGCGUGGAGAUGGAGGUGGAGCAGGAGGUGGUGUCGGGGGAGACGUACAGGGUGCGGGUGCGGUACGACCUGACCACGCUGGAGACGCGCGUUGAGGUGGGCAGCGAGGAGCGGUACUACGGCAUGGUCUCCAGCAACGUCCUUGACGCGCCGGUGCACGAGGGGGUGCGCGUGGGCGUGUUUGCGGGUGCCAGCGCGUCGGAGGUGCAGGAGGUGCGCGUGGGCAACAUGAGCUUCUGCAGAGGCAACGUUGCCACCGUCUAUCCUGACAUGGCGGAGACGGUGUUUUCAAGCUCGACGGAGUACGUCACCUCGAGCGGCCAGCCGCAUUGGAUUCCAGGCGGGGGCAGCACCGAAAUCUCACUCGCCCGAAUCCUGAGUUCGACAGGUUUCGACUGCGACGUCACUGACGGUGCCAUUGACAUCGACGUCGCCCACGCGAAUCCCGAGAAUCUGCAGUUCUAUCUGCAGGCGCCAUCUGGGCACGGGAUCGCGCUGCGGGUUCCCGCGACCAAUUUGAGUGUCGAGCCCCUGAGCACUGAAACUCCCGUCGCACCGAGCAUCGUGUCCAGCGCCUUGAACGGGGGUGCGAUGGCCGCAAGCGCGGAUGUCCUCGUGGUCACGGGCGGCGCAGGGGUCGACGUGUUCGAGCGCGACGCCCAGGGAGCCUGGUCUGCGGUGGACGUGCUGCCACCCCCCGUGAACGCAUCUACGAACUUCGGUGCGCGCGCACGCACCUUGGCGGUGAUCGGGGACAACCGCGUCUUCGUCUCCGACCCGGGCGUUGGGGGAUCGGGCGGGGCAGUCUUCUCGUACGUCCGUGCCGCCGGCGGCUCAUGGGUGCUCAGUCAAAAGCUGGCGUCGCCAGACGCUCAUUUUGGUGCGGCUGUGGACGUCGCCGGGGACGACAUGCUCGUCGUAAUGUCGGAGAAGAGCCUGCACGUGUACGCUUCGAACGACUCGUCGACCUGGAAGUUGAACCAGACGCUGGAGCUCAAUUACGUGGCGCCGAAUGGAGAGCCCGAGGCGCUCGCGGUGUCGCCCGGCUUCAUCGCCGUCGCGGACGUGUCGAGUCUGUCUUCCGGGUACUCGUCGUCAUUCUUCGUCUACGAGAAGAGCGCAGAUGGGCGCUGGACACUGAUGCAGCGUGUGUACCGCCCAGACACGACUGCCCUUGCCUUCAGCGACAACGAGCUGCUCGUCGGCAAAGAACAAUUCGGCGUCGGGAGCGUCACCGUCUUCCCGCUCACGGACGGCUUUACGCGCUUCAGCGUCAUCCAGCCAGUCGAUAAUCGCAGGGGAGGAAAUUUUGGUGCAUCCAUCGUGGUGCGAGAUGGCACAGCCGUCCUGGCGGCCCCCGGCUACGCGAGCAACUGCAGCGAUGGUCAGAUCGGCACCCUCGGUGCGCUGUACGUCAUGAACCGCGCGCAGGACGGUGCGUGGCUCCUCGACGAGCAGCCACUGCUGCAGCCGUGUUCUGAUGACUUUGUGCUCCCAGAGACCAACGGGCAGGUCGCCCUCUCGCGCGGUCACGUGCUGACGGCAUUCAACCGCACCAGGCUCAGCAUUCAGACCACGGAAUCGGGCCCGGGUGCGGUGUUCGAGACGCAGCUGCCGACGGCCAUAGUUGGCACAUCUCGCAUCACCAUCGGCGGGCUCUCCAUGAACACAACGGACGCGACGGACGGCAGGAUAUUCGUCGAGUCGCUCGAGCCCUUCACUGCCCUUGCUGGCAUCAACGGCCGCAGGGGAACCUGGACGCUGAAGGUUCAUGACUCGGGAAUGCACCAGCACGCCGCUGUCCGACACAUCGUGAAUGCGAAGCUGCGCCUGUCCUGCUCAGGAGGGAACGUGUCGCGCUCGCUCGACGCCGCUGUCCCCGACAACGGCAAGCUGGUUGACACGAUCGAGAUCAGCAACAGCCGGGGCUGCUUGGUGGACGGAGUCCGCGCCAACCUCGACAUCAAGCACCGGCACGUCAAGGACCUCGUCGUGUACUUGGGCAGGCCGGACGGCGUCGUUGAGCGGCAGUAUUACGGGGACACCCAGGGCCUGGACGGCGUUGCAGACCUGGAGCGCUCUAUCCACCUGGGCAACCAGUUCAGCGGCCGGGACGUGUCGGGCAAGUGGACGCUCCAUGUCUACGACGACUUCGGGUCCGAUCUAGGGUCGCUUUUAUCCUGGAGCUUGACAUUCGCCUGCCGGGGCAAGCUGCCUGCAUCGUGCUACAACGCUGAGACUGUGGCGCACCCUCUCUCCGACAUCGUGUCCUCCAGCGUGCCACGGUACAGCUCGGCGAGUGCAGGGACCUUCGUUUCCACGGGCGAGGGUGCAAGCGUUGUGCUCUCCUCGGACACGGAGGUCUCGCACAUUGCGCGCCUCCCAGUGCCGCUCUCUUUGACUGGGACGACGUUCAAGUUCUGGUCCGAGUUCCGGCGCCAAGGCAUGUCCUUCUCGCGUGACAACCAACUGUGGUUCAGCUUUGGGCGGGAGACGCCUGCGCAGGCGUGGCAGUCGCGGUCCUAUUUCUCAACUGACGACAUCACGGACGGCCUAGACGAGCACGAGUUCCGCAUCGGCGUCGAGUGGCGCAGCGAACAGAGGUGCGUCAUCAUUCUCGCAGACGGGCCAUACUACUGGGGCAGUUCCGUGUUCGAAAACAACUACGACCUGCCGUCAGAGAUCUGCACUAGUGACGAGUGGCACACUUUCGUCGUGGAGAUUGGCCCGAUCCGGGCAAGCAGCAUAGACGUUAACAUCGGCUUCGAUGCGUACCGCACAGAAGCGCGCUUCAACGUGGACUUCUCUACUUCUCAGUUCGAGCAGCGCCUCCCGGGGCACAUGCUGAUUGAGGCUCGUGGCACCUCGGUGUCGGUGGGGGCGCGCUUGAUCGGCACGUCAUCCCGGAACGCCACCGUCGAGGUACGCGGCCUCACGACGUGCCGCUCCCCGGGAUCCGGCGUCCAGCCGCUGGCCCUGGCACCGGUCAAGGGCGACUGUGCACCUGACGUUGCGCGCGCUGAGGCUGCGCAGACCGCGCCGAGCACCCAACUCAGCGACGCGACUGCGAUCUGCGUCUACGCUGACGAGAGGCCUGCGUCGAACCGACCGGUCGACCGGAUGAGCGUGCCCCGCGACGCCAGGGUGACGGGCAUCAACAUCACCGUCGACCUGGAGCACACCGACUUGAGCCGCCUCUCGCUGGACCUCGUCUCGCCGAUCGGCACGGCCGUCCCUCUCGUGCGGUCGAACUCGACCUACGGAAUGCGGCUGGCGCGCACGCGCUUCUCCGACGCGGCUGCCGACACUGCUGCCGAGGGCGACAUGCCCUACAGGGGGGCGUACAGGCCCAUGGAGGCGUUCGCCGGCCUCGUCGACGAGCCUGCGACCGGAUCGUGGUGUCUCCAGGUUCGGAACGAGCCGUCUACCGCUCCGGUGAGGUACAUUUUCAAGAGCUUCCAAGUGCAGCUGGCCACGCGGGAUGGCAACCACCAGAGCCUGCGCGAGCACGCAGCCGUCACGAAGCGCAUCCCCGACGCCGCACUGCUCGAGCAGACGCUCAACAUCACGGCAGAGCGCAGCUGCACGCUCGAGGGCGCGCGCUUCGUCACGGACGUGCACCACACGCACCACACCGACAUCAGUGCAUGGUUCCAGGCGCCGACCGGGGCGUUCGGCGUGAUCACGGACGAGCACGGCUUCAAGGAGGGCAUCGACGGCGUGGUUUCGAGGUCGUACGGGUACGGCGGGAGCCAGGAGCCGGGGUACGGCUCGGGCUCGCUGUCGAACAUGCUGCGAGGCACGAACAACACGGGGCUGUGGAAGGUGUGGGUGCAGGACGACUUCGCUGGUGACGUCGGUAGCGUCAGCACGGAGAUGUGCUUCACCUGCCGCUACAGCGCGGAGCCGACGUGCCCUAUCGCCGGUCGUGCCGACAGCACACAGGUUCCUGAGGGUUUGCAGCUCAAGGACAUCGACGCAGCAGGCAACGCGUACGUCGUCGGCCAGGACUCGCGCCGCCGGGUGCUGAGGAUCCUGCGCAACAAGAGGACGGAGGUGCUGGCCUCGAACUUCGCGUCCACCCCAGAGGACAUUGCUGUGUCGCCGAGCGGCGUUGUGUACGUGGCGGUCGGCAACCAGGUCGUGCGCAUCCAAGGCCGGACUCAGAGCACCUUCGCGACGAUGACCCGCCGCCCAAUGAGGCUCGCGGUUGCCGAUGAUGACGUGCUGUUCGUCGCAACCGACCAGGACAGCGUCCUGUUGGUAACCAGCACCUCCAGCUCGGUCUUCCACCCUGCAUCUUUCUCCUCGAGCGCCAUCCGUGCGCUCACAGUCGAGCCGGGGCAGCCGCGCAGUGUGCUUGCGGCGUUCUCGAACGGGUGCGUCCAGCGUCUGCAUGGCGAUGGCACGUCAACGCCAGUCCUCGGCGUCUGCGGGAGGGUCGGGAGGCCUAUCGACGGCGACGUGGCGACGAAGACAGCGAUCUACUCCCCUGAGGGCGUCGCUGUCGACAGGACUACUGGCGACAUCUACGUCUCGGACUAUACCCUUGACGUGGUGCUGCGGGUGCGUGACGGCAGGGUGAAGAUCGUCGCGGGCCAGACCUUCGCGGAAGCACGGCCGCGCCUGGGAGAGGCUGCGAACCUGCAGCCGAUCCGCCGGCCUGGAAAGAUCUUCGUGGACACUGCAGCGAGGGAGCUCGUGUUUGAGGAGGGCAAGGGGUCCUCAGAUGCAACGAUCGUCUCCGUGCCGAUCACCGCGGACUGUGUGCCCACCCUCACGAGCCCGCCGGGUGGCUUCCUGCUGCCCACGAGCCCCCCUGCGACGACUGUGGGGCCGACCCAGCCUGGCACCAGGCCGCCCAGCGCGGCCACCACCAGGCCGCCCAGCGCGGCCACCACCAGGCCGCCCAGGAAGCAGUUCAAGGUCACCACCGCCAUCAAGAUUACGGUGAACAGGGCGCUAAAUGAGCGAGAAGUGGGCGAGCUGACGAAAAGCGCUGUGUUCAUCGUCGCUCGAGACAAAGCUGACUACGACAAGCUCCUGCAGCUGCUGGAGUCGAACGACCCGAGUUUCAAAGUACGAGUCGAGCGCGUGACGUCGGGGCGCCGCCUGCUCCAGGGCUUCGAAUACAGGGUGCGGAUCGAGUACGUCACUGAAGUUCAGGAGGAGGCCCAGAGGGCUGCCACAUCUGCGCAGCAGCUCACACAGGACACGGCGGAGUCGCAGGCCCAGCUGCUGACGCUCAUCCAGACGAGCAUUGCAGAAGCAGGCGGAGAUCCCACUGUGGUGCAGAGCGUGGCGGUGGAGCAGCCAGCACAGGUCGAGGAGACGGUGAUCGAGGACACCCCGGCGCCGGUCACGACGGCUGCGCCGAGCGACAUCACCACGCUGACGGACGGGGAACGCGUCGCGAUCCAGAACGCCUUCGCGGACGCCCUGCGGACCACGUACCCGGGCGUCGCACCUUCGAUGAUCGAGGUCCGCAUCGUAUCGGUCGCGCGCAGGCGCCUGAUGGCGCUCACGCUCGAGGUCGUCGCCAGCGUCCCAGAAUCUGUUUCCGCGGAAUCUGCCGCUUCUCUGCGCCGACAGUCCAUCAACGGUGUUCUCAACGCGUACCUUCGUGCGCGGGGCUUCACGGCAGCUGUUGAGUACGGCGACGUCACGGUGCGGCAGCCCACGGCAGGGAACGUCGUCGAGGCGACGACGCCACCGGCCACCGUCGAGCGGCGGUAA